CGAGCUGCCGAAAGGUCUGGUCGCAGAGACAGGAACGCGUAAUCCUCAGCGUGCUCCAUCCUGACAGCAUCCUUCCACGGCUCGGCAGGGCAGCGAGCCUCUGGCCGCCAGCCCCUCUGCUCCGCGGAAAAGCCUGAUGAAGUCCUCCGAUAUCGAUCAGGAUUUAUUUACAGACAGUUAUUGCAAGGUGUGCAGUGCACAGCUGAUAUCCGAAUCUCAACGCGUGGCUCAUUACGAGAGUCGAAAACAUGCAAGCAAAGUCCGACUGUAUUACAUGCUUCACCCCAGGGAUGGUGGGUGUCCUGCCAAGAGGCUCCGGUCAGAAAAUGGAAGUGACGCUGAUAUGGUGGAUAAGAAUAAAUGCUGUACACUCUGUAACAUGUCCUUUACCUCGGCAGUGGUGGCUGACUCACAUUAUCAAGGCAAAAUCCAUGCCAAAAGGUUAAAACUGUUGCUAGGAGAGAAAACCCCACUAAAGACCACAGCAACACCCCUGAACUCACUUAAGCCUCCAAGGGUGGACACUGCUCCAGUGGUUGCAUCUCCCUAUCAAAGAAGAGAUUCAGACAGAUACUGUGGGCUCUGUGCAGCCUGGUUUAACAAUCCUCUCAUGGCCCAGCAACAUUAUGAUGGCAAGAAACACAAAAAGAAUGCAGCAAGAGUUGCUUUAUUAGAACAACUUGGGACAACUCUGGAUAUGGGGGAACUAAGAGGUCUGAGGCGCAAUUACAGAUGUACCAUCUGCAGUGUCUCUCUAAACUCCAUAGAACAGUAUCAUGCCCACCUGAAAGGAUCCAAACACCAGACCAACCUGAAGAAUAAGUAGUGAAAACAUCAAUCAAGAGAUGAGAAAAAAAAUGUCAGGAUUUCUCUCCGUGGAGAAUUGCUUAUCAACCACCAGAGGAGGAUUCUUCCUUGAACAAUGAACAUUUCUUAUGAGGAUUCACAGAUUAACAUAUGACUAAUCUUAGUUUUGGAGAGUGAAUGAGCUUUCUUUCUUUCUUUCUUUCUUUCUUUUAAUUUUGUGGCGAGUUAUGAUAUUUGGAUGGAUUUUUUAAUUCUUUCCUGAUGAUCUAUUUAGCACAUAUUCUAAAUUAUAAUCCUACAGCAAACAGUGAGAACAUCAUUCAGACUUAAAGACAGUGGGAAGAUCUAAAUUUCCAAUUUAUCCUAGAUUUCUUCAACAUAUAAUUAUUCCAUUAAAUCCUUGAUGAUUGAGAUGUAAAGCACCUUUAUCAAGAAAUACACAUUAUUUUUUCAUCAUGCUGAACAUGAUUGGUGGCAACAUGCAUGGAAUCAGAACGAGUCACUACCAGUAGAAGAUAUAUAAUGGACACAAAUACUACUCCUUCAUUUCACCUUCAGAAUUGUGAGUGAGGUUUGCCAUCUGAACGACAAGAAUAAAAAGGGUGAAUAAAGGAAGAAGCCCAUCCUUUUUUUCUGAUCACUCAAAGAACAGUUUCUCAAGGUUAAGCCAAGUCCUCUUUGCAAGCUGCCAAAAUAAUAGCUUAGGAAAAGAAUUAGUUUGCCUGCAUGAUGAUCCUCUUAGGCAAAAAUGUCUUCACAGCAGUUGACCUUGAUGAAAUGUUUUCCCAAAGGCAUCCAAGAGAAGAAUUGCAAACCCCCGAAUGAGAGGGAAAUAAAAGAAUAUUUCUUAUGAAUUUGGCCUGAACUGUGGGCUUUGAUGUGGGGUGCUGAGGAUUUGAGAAGAAUUGAGUAAGUUCUGAAGAAAUGACAGCCUUGGAUAUGGAGAGCCCCCUCUAUUCCCCUGUUCCUCACUGAAGUCCUUUUGCUGAGCCAAGGUUCAGUCACUUUGGAAAGAACACCACUGGCCAGUAUGACAGACUGGAAAACUGUUCGUCUCUGAUGGGGAAUGCCUCUGAGUGUAACUUCUAAAGCUUUCUCUGGGUUCAGCUCUUCGCGGUGACUGGAUCUGGUGUGUGCAGAGCCAGACAUUUACCUCCUCUUCACAGUUUCUCAGUGCUCUGCCUGGUGUUGCCCUUUGUACAUUGUGACCACAGGCAAUCGAUCUCCUGGUGUCAGGAUUUUCUGGACGUCCCUUGUUUUUCCACAGAGAGCUGAGGUGGUUACAACUCAGCGAGCAAUAAAUGAAAUGACUUAGAAAUGCACAGUGUUGUUAUGAAGGUGUUUGGAAUUUGGCACCACUCUUGAGAGUGCCCACUCAGGAGGGACCAGGGCUGCUAGCUUCUGCGCUGACAGAGAGACACGGCUGCACCAGCCACGUUCUGUCCCGUGGGAAGGAAGGGGGGUUUGAUGGCAAGCAAUCUAUCUUGCUGUUUUGGAAAGCACACAACAGAACUACAAACCUGCAACGGUGACUUUUCUUCCAAUGUGUGAAAUAAUGCUUUAUUUGUCCAUUCUGCUGUAAAAUAAGCACUGUCCAAGUAUAAAAACAAAUGAAAAAAACCCAAAAAACAAAAACAAACAAACAAAAAAAAAACUUUGGUUCUCUUUGUGUUUAGUGAGUGAGCUCAUACCCUCAAGUGUUUUGUUUUGUUUUGUUUUUUAAUAACCUGAUAUAGUUGAGCCUGUGAACAUAGAUCUCUUUUGCUUUACAGAGAGGCUAUGCCAAACCCUUUACAGAUAAGUUUCCAGAUAUAAUGAUCAGAUCAUUUCAGAAUUCCUCAUCUAAAUAUCGUUGCUCCUUGGCAAACUGCCAAGUGAAAGUGAAUAUCCUGCCAGAGAUUUUGUUUGUUUGUUUUCAAAUUUCUUUUUUUAUUUUUGCAUAAAUAAGGGAAAUGACUGUUCCAAUGUACCACGGAGUUGACAUAUUAAGUCUUAAACAAGAAGGGCCAAUGAAUGUUAUUUAUAUUUGGGGAAGUCUUAGAUGGAGACAUCUUUGCUUAGAAAGCUAGCUGUUUGUUCUGUUCUUAUUUAUUAGUAGUAGCAAUAGUAGUAUUAGUAUGGUUAUAUUUGUUUAAUUAGAUCAUGUCUUAUGUUCCAAUUCAUUAUGGAACCGAUGGAAGUGAGAUGUAAGGUAAGUAUUUUCAAAUAGCCAAAUUAAUUCUGGCAUAGAGGAACAGACCCAUGGGACCUGGCUGUGGUGGAGCUGCUCCGGUAGGGCCACCUGAUGACAGCAGAGACUCCCAGAGAGAAAAGAACGAGUCCUGGGAUUUCCCAUAAAACCUCAGUUCAAGGGACCUAGGGGAGAACCCUAUCUAUUUGAAAGAAACGAUCCAAAUUAUCAAUAUAUAAAGUAUUUUCACUGUUCCAGAGUACUUGGAGUUAUGGCAACUAAAGUAACCAACUACUGACGUUUGAAGUUUUGCUCCAAUGAGGGAAAAAUGACACAAAAUUAACAUAAGCAGAAGCCUAAUGGCAUCCUUAUAUUAGAAUAUUUUUUUUUCUUUGUAUUUAGAAGGAUACUUGCUAAGUGGUUGAAAUCAUCUGUGUCUUCGUAUACAGACAAAAUACUCCUACAGACCUGGUCAUGCACCUUGCUUAACUUUUGAAAGAGUUUUUCUUCUUCAAGUAAGAGGUAAGCUUCUGGCCAGCACCUGCGCCAGUGGCCACAAAUGCCAUGGUAGUGAAACCCAAAUUAAUGAGUUUUCAUUAUAUAUCAACUCCGCAGCCCAGUGCAGUAACAAAUACCAUCAUAAAACAAUCUGCUAAAUAGAGAGGACCACAGUGAUCUCUUUUGCUGAUAAAAAUAGUAAUAAAGCUCUAAUCUGCAAUUGCUUGACCACAAAGACCAAUAUAGGAUUUUUCAUUCACCUCUUAGAUGACAUAUAACGUAAACUGGAACUGCAAGAGUCUUUAUACCUUUCUACUGAAUUGAGUUAAUUAGACUAUUCAGACCAAGAGAAGAAGAAUAUGAGACAGAUGAAAAAUGCCUCCCAGAGGCAAACUUGAGCCUGGGGUGGCAGGGAGGGGUGGUAGCCAAACCUCUUCCAAAGCUGAUCUUUGAGUGAGGUGUUACUGACAAGUCACUGUGAGCACAGCAUAUUCAAACUCCAAUAACAAACUUUCUGUACUGUCAGGUAAUAAGCGCCCUCUCUACAUUCCAUCCAAGCUAAAUAUUCAUUGAUUGUUUGACCAGCUUGUACAAAGAAUUGAUUGUUGUUCUUUUGUGACCAGAAUGAGAAGGGUUUGAUCAACAUAUUAAUAUGAGGACAGAUUUUUUUUUCUUUUUUUGGCUUCUUACCUAGUUUUUUCAUACUAAAGUCAUGCUAAACUACCUCAUAGGAUUGUGGUGUGGAUUAGCUAAUUAAUAAACAUCAAGUGCUUAAAAAUACAAAUCUCUAUAUAAAUGCUGCCUUAGUUGGCUUUCUAGUUUAAGAUAUGCAUGUCAAAUUAUAUAUUUCAUGGUAAUAUUCAUGUUGGUAAAUUUGUCUUUAAAUUUAAUAUACAAAUAUCUUGAUGUAGAAUAAAACUCUGAGGGCCCCAGCAUGGACUCAAACUCAAGUGUGGCAAAUGUAGCACCUAAGGAAACAAAAGCACCUAGAAGCCAAAACCAAAAUAUUUCCUUAAGCAGAUUUUAAAGCAGGCCUUCUCAAAGGUUGGGGGUGGGGGCGGUCAACACUGGUUUUAAAGAGUGUAUUAAGUAAUUUUGUAUUAUAAUAGUUAAAAUGCAACAAUUAUCAGUGACUUAUAUGUAAAAAUUAGAGUGGGUUUAAGGCUAUGCUUAUGAUAAAAUGUUGAGUAAAACAUAGAGGGAAGAGUCAUAACUAGUCCACAUGUUUCUGAAUACCUAAAGAGAAGUUGUUCGGAUGGAUAUCUGCUUUGAUUUUUAAUCUUCCUAGGAAAACUCUGAACACUGUCUUUUUGAAAGGGUACAGCCUAAACAGAAAGGGAGGGAAUUAAUAUCUCACCCUUUCUUAGUAACAUCAUCUGCAGGGUCUACCCAACUAUUUAAAAGGUAACUUUACUGUGGCUCUACUUUGUUGCCAUUUUCCCCCUGUGAUUCAUUACUCCUUAGCCACUACUCUGAGUAGCAGUUUUAUUUGCUAAUUUCAAAUGUCUCAAGUUAAUUAGCAAUUCAUUCUGACCUUUAAAAACCACAUUCUAUAAUCUUCAAAUUAUAUGAGUGAAGGAAAAAAAAAUCCUAUUUUACCUGUCCGCCCAUCUCCAACUAUCACUGACAGGUUACAUUGUCUCUGAAGAGCCGUCCAACUAUUAUUAUGGGUCAAAUGUUGACAUCAUCUGUGGUUGUUUGAAGUCCAGCUCAAAUUGCCUCACUGCACAGGUGGGCACUAGGCUCUGCAGAGGCUGUUUCAACUUCAGAAUGUUUAAGAAGUGUACAAAUGUAGGACAUUUGGCUGCUAAAUUUAUUCCUUUUUUUAAUUAAAGAAAUAAAAGUGAAAUUGAU